CAGAGACUGCGAAAACGACAAUCUCCCAUAGCAAAACCAAGACUUUUAUCAAUUUGCUUUUGACACUGAAUGUCUUCUCACAAUUUCCAAAGAAUGAGAAGAAGGCGUAACGGAUCAGCUUCUAUAGAGGAGACUUUGUCAAUGUGGAAGAAUCAAAAGCAAGAGCUUAAUGCUACUUUAGAUGGCGGGAUAAAGAAAAAAACAAGAAAAUUUCCUGCUCAAGGUUCUAAAAAAGGUUGUAUGAGAGGUAAAGGUGGACCAGAGAAUUUAGGGUGUAAAUACAGAGGUGUUAGGCAAAGGACUUGGGGAAAGUGGGUUGCUGAAAUUAGAGAACCUGUUUAUAAUAGCAAUGACUAUGAGUAUCAUAGUAAUGGAAAGAGACUUUGGCUUGGUACUUUUUCUACAGCUAUUGAAGCUGCUAUUGCUUAUGAUGAGGCUGCUAAGGCUAUGUAUGGCCACAAUGCUACACUUAACUUCCCUGAUUACUGUGUACAGAAUUCCGAAUUAGCUAAUUACUCCACGAGUGUUUCUAUUGCGCAAACAACUUCAUCAAGAAUUGAACCUGACUUACAAACAUCAGAUGAUGGUAUGGUUGCAAUUACAGAUGAAAAAACUAUUUUGGAUGAUCCAACGAAUUUAUGUUCCGAUGGUAGAGCUGAUGGGGCACAGCAGGAUUCUUCUGUUUGUUGCUUGAAUAUGGAAUCAGUAGUAAUGGAAAUGGACGAUUCUUUAGACGAUAUAAAAGGUUUGAAUUGCAGCACAGGAAUUGAUUCAGAGCCAAUUCUCGAGCCUACAAGUUCUUGUGUUAAAGUUGAGACACCCUCGGACAAUGACUUCGUGCAAGAUAGACGUUUGGAAUGCGUAGAUGAUCCUAACAAGGUGUCAAAUAGUUUGCACAUAUUACACCAGAAAAUCACUGAUAUGAAGCCAAAUGACAGCAUAUUUCAACAUGAUGUUUUGAGACCAAAUGAGAAUUAUGAAUCUGGUGACCAAGUAUUGUUUCCUUGUGAUCCCAUUGCUCUACCAGACUAUGAUUGUUCGGUGUAUGCAUUGCAAGAACAACCAUUGGAUUUCAGGUCAUUCGAUAAUACGAGUGCAGAUAUUCGUAGUCAUCUAGAAUACGCGGAGUACUUAUUAAUGGAAGACAAUAACACAACCGAAACAACAACUGUAUCAGAUAUAUUUUGGUUAAAUGAGAAUAUUGGUGAAAGUUAUAGCCUUCAGUCUUUCUUAGACGAAUCAUUCGGUGUAAGCAAUUUGAAUCAUUCAAAUGGAGUACUAAGUAAAGGAGGUGAAUCCAAUGAGCGGUGCAUCAAUAUUCCUGGACUUGAGGACCAUGGAACAGAGGUUAAUAUGGAAGAUUCGUACAUUCCGAAUUCUGAUUUUGAUAUCUCCAGCAUUUUAGGUGAUAUUUUUUGACGUCGAAAAAGUUACCGAUCCUUUUAGGCAUUGUGAGUCUGUCCAAACUAGAGAUAGGAAGUUUAUAGGUUAGAGUUCAUAUCUCUUUGAAUAUGCAUUUAGUCCAUAGAAAGAUAAAUAGAUAUAUGUUAAGCAAAGUCAUGCUACAGUGUGAUUUCAGCUUCCUAUUACAAAAAGAAAAUACAUAG